AUGGCAUCCCGACUUCAAUCCUCGUACAGGCAGACGACAUCUCCUACAUAUGUUGAGCGACUGAGCGGUUCCUGGAUCCUUCCGACUUCAGCGCUCGCAGCAAUACGGGCAUUCAUAAGCCUCUACGUCUUUGUAGUCCAAUUCUUUAUCAUUGGCUACAGAUGCUCCACUGGUAGAUGCGAUACUGCUGGAAGAUCAUUCAGCUAUUUCACUGGCCUGGGAUACUGGGGUCUAGGAUUCUACUACGCUUUUGCGGCUGCUCACACCUUUAGCUAUUCCUUUCGUGGAAAGCCUUGGCUCAGCAGCUGGCCCGCUUGGCUGAGGUGGCUGCACAGUGUGCUUUAUGCCAGCAUUACUAUUUUCCCAUUCAUCGUGACAGCUGUGUACUGGGCUGGUCUGAACGACAAAUCUUUCACGACACCAUUCCGAUCGUGGUCAAACAUCUCACAGCACGCUCUAAACUCCGUCUUCGCAUUCUCGGAAAUUGUACUACCGCGAUCUGAUCCACAUCCUUGGAUAAAUGUGUUACCGCUGGUGUUCCUAGGCUGCUGCUACAUAGGCCUGGCAUACCUGACUCAUGCUACGCAAGGCUUCUAUGUGUACGACUUUUUAGAUCCUAACGAGAACGGGUCCGGAUCAGUUGUUGGCUACUGCAUUGGUAUCCUGGCCGCUUGCGUGAUCCUGUUCGUGGUGGUUCGAUAUGCCCAAUGGGCCCGCCGAUGGCUCACGGAAGUCAAGUUUGGUCGUGCUGGCCCUCAAACGCAUCACGACACCACGCCUCGCCAUUUGAAGAAGUCUUCCAGUCUUGAGCAUGAGUUAGAUCAAGCUGCGUUGUCAGACACAAGGCGCCAUGAUUUUUAA